AUUCUGGUGGCGGUGAUGCUGAUGAUGAUGAUAAUUCAAAGGGAGAUGAUUAAAACCCGAUUUGCUCCGAUUUUAUCAAAACUGGUGCAAUUGUCCUUUAUUUUCAUGUCCUUAUAACACCAAUCUUUUAGGCUGCCUUUCAGCCUCUCCCUCCGAGUCUUUCUUUCUCUCUUUCUACCUUUCGUCUUCUUUUCCUUCGUCGUCACCUUUAUCCUCCACCUUGAUUAAUCCUGAAAUUUAAAUCAUCAUGAUUUUUAAUUCAUCUUUUGCUUCAUCCGAAGCAACUUAGUUAUCUUUUAAGGGUAACUGCAUCCUAUGGGAAGGUUUACAUUAUAAUUUUGUGUCGGUUAAGUUUUUUUUCAAUUCUUGUUUGUCUUGGUUAAGUUUGAAUGAUAACCAUUGAACUUUAUCAGAUUUAGUCCAAAUCAUCGCCAUGACGAGUAAUCAUGUUGCCAAUUUUAAAUUUAACCUGUUGACCAUUACAGUUUGCCUUUUUUCACUAUUUUAUUCAAUUCAAAUUGUGCGGCUUGAUAACAAUAAUGAAGACAUUGUUGAAACGGGUGCUGUUGAGGGAAUCCCUUGUGUAUCAAAUGGUAAAUUUUAUCGUAAUCCUGAACAGAUAGGAAUCCGUGAUUGUGCCAGAUACUAUUGGUGUCCACGAGGAAAGGUUCUUGAAUUUAGAUGUUCAUCUGGACUUUGGUUUGAUAUUGAUAGACAAAUUUGUGACUUCAAAUCAAAAAUCAAUGCCCAAAAUUGUGAAAAAUCUCAUGAUGCAUCAACUCCUCGUCCUCUUCUGGCCACAGAGAGUCCAAUUUGUCCAGAAGGUCAAUUAGCCUGUGCUAACCGAAAAUGUCUUAACCGUGAUGUCUUUUGUGAUGGGACGGUUGACUGUACCGAUGGUUCAGAUGAGUCCUAUUGUGACCCAGAAAAUGAUCCAAAUGCUCCGGGUCGAUGUGAUCUCAAUAACUGUACCCUACCUGAUUGUUUCUGUUCCACUGAUGGAACCCAAAUACCCAAUUAUCUUAAGCCUGAGGAGACACCACAAAUGGUUAUAAUUACUUUUGAUGAUGCGGUUAACAACGAGAAUUGGGAAAUUUAUCAAGCAAUCUUCACACCAAACCGAACCAAUGCCAACGGCUGUCCCAUCAGGUCAACCUUCUUCCUUAGCCAUGAAUAUACCAAUUAUCGACAUGCUCAAAAACUCUGGAAUGAUGGACAUGAAAUAGCCACUCAUUCAAUAACUCAUCGUAAUCCUGAACUUUGGUGGACAUUUAAUGCAACAAUUGAAGACUGGUUUGAUGAAUUUGCUGGUAUGGCCAAUAUAAUCAAUAAAUUUGCUGGUAUACCAUUAGAAGAGAUAAGAGGAACCAGAGUUCCUUUCUUGAGAAUCGGUUGGAAUACACAAUUGAUUAUGAUGAGAGAAUUUGGUUUUCUUUAUGAUUCUUCAAUGGUUCCUGCAAAAUCAGAUCCACCGAUUUGGCCUUACACAUUUGACUUCAGGAUUCCCCAUAAAUGUGCCGGUUCUUUACAGAAAUGUCCAUCUCGAUCAUUCCCAGGAAUGUGGGAAAUGGUCAUGAAUCCUUUGGAUAUUGAGGGUCAUAUUUGUGCCAUGGUUGAUUCCUGUCCAACUCAUCUCUCCGAGGAAGAAAUAUUUACAAUGUUCCUAGAUAACUUUAAUCGCCAUUACUCAACUAAUCGAGCACCAUUUGGUCUAUUCUUUCACACAACCUGGUUCAAGGAUAAGAAAAAUUUCAAGGUUUUCCUGCAAUUCAUUGAUGAGUUAGUGAAAAAACCUGAUGUCUAUAUCGUUACCAACUACCAAGCCAUUGAAUGGAUGAGAACACCAACUCCAUUAAGUCAGCUGAACAGCUUUGAACCAUGGAAGUGUCAGAAAAAUAUUGAUCCCAAUUUAGUUGCCUGUAAUCAUCCCAAACUGUGCAAAUUACACAGUAGACAUUUAAGGGGAGAAAGAUAUUUACAUACCUGUUUUGAAUGUCCAGAGGUUUAUCCGUGGGUUAAAAAUGAGUUUGGUCUUGAAUUUAAAUAAACAAGCGAACCCCCGAU